AUGUCCGACCUCCCACCGAGAGGUCGGGGCGCGAGGCCCCCCGGGGCGGUUCCUAGGAGCCGUCAUGGAGGGGACUCGGGCUCCGCCCCACCAGCAAUACCACCAUCGGUCGCUGGCUCAUCGUCUUUUGGCGGUGAUGCCUCGCCAAUCUCGCCAGACCCUACCUCGACUAGGGCCACUUACUCGACGGUCGUGCCAGCUCGAUCUCGCCACACGUCGCCCCGCCGCAGGUCCUGUUCCACCACGGGUUCCGCCCAUUCGUCCGCAGAUGAGUCUGACUCAGGGACGGCCCAACCCCAGGAGAUGGAGGUUGAGGGCACUCAGGGAGGGGAGGAGGUCUCGAGGGACCCCUCCGUCGACCUACUCUUAGGUCAAUACGCCUUGAAGUUCCGAGACACAGUCGAGGAUCUUCCUGGCGAUCUUGAGGUAUUGACCACCUCCAUUGCGAAGGCCACAGACUGGGUUCUGCGGGCCGCGCACCACAAUCCGCUCACCAUCGAUGGGGGCGAUGCCUUCGUGGCCCAGAUGACGUCCUUUCGGUGCUCGAUGGCAGCCCGCUUGCUAUCUACAAACACGUACGCUACGCAGCCUGGUUACUAA